GAACACGCACGGUUCACACAGUUCGCGACCAGCUUAGCUUAAACAUAGUAACGAAAUAGUUCUUUCCUCGCGCCGGAGACGAACAAGUGCUGCUUACUGCCAAAUUAGUUGCCAAAAGCAACAAACUUUCAAAUCGAUAUUUGAUUUGAAUUAAGUCUGAAGAUAGAAGUGAAGAUUUGUUCGUGAACCGCGUGGCCCUCGCACCAGUUUUCCAGUUUUUCCUGAGCCAGAAAGCGAAACCCCAAGCAAGCUUCACAAUGGCCGACGUCGAUGUAAUGCGUACGCAGACGGUCGAGGUGAAGAAGACGCGCAAAGUGAAAAAGACCACCACCACCAAACGCCGCGAGUCGUCCGAUCAGACCGGCGAGGUGACCAUCACCGAGAUGGAGCAGUCCGAGUUCGUCAACCAGAACCAGAACGCGCUGGAGGACAAGCAGGGGUAACGAAAGCGGCGGGUCUAUAUCGGUGGUCGGUGGAAAUCAUCAUUGGUCGUCCUUGGUGUCUUGGGGAGUUUAACUGGGCUUUGUGUGGGUCGUUCCGUGUCCUGCCAUGCAAAACUCGGCCCAGCUUCGCUCCAGGGUGUGAACAACGGCGAGCAAACCCUUAUAAAGCGAGGGUUAAUCGGAUUACCCGAAGAGUGUUUGUGUGUGUGGAAGUGUGUGCGCUCUUGUGUGUCCAAUGUAAUCGAUCGAGCUUCAAAUAAUGGCCCGUUGAUGAUUCUCGCACCCGUGUUUAUUACUUUGCACGUCCGGAGAGGAGCGUUACUUUGUACCUCCAGACGCUAAUGACUAAAUUAGGCGCGUCAGGUCAGGCUCGUAAACAUGGCCGGACAUGAGUUAUGAGUUGCGGAGCACGAUCGGCGUGUUUCUUUGCGCCGGUCUGAUGCGCUUGCCGCAGAUACCAGAUCCGAUAUCUUUUUGACCUCAUCGGGUGUGCGCGAGAUUCCACGAUCACGGGACAUGGGUUUUCACUCGACUGGUGGUGGCCUCGGUGCAAGUCGCAGAAGAUGCACAUGAAAUGAUAAAAUAUUACGUUUUUUUUCUCUCUUCAACGCCUUAUAUUACUACCAAGGUUGCUGGAUACGAACGAAUAAAUUGAGGGCGAAAUGUGACCGGUGACCUCUAAAAGGCCUGCUUCCUUUUUCUUCCUGUUUUAAAGGGAGGAUAUUGUUACUAUAACUAGAAAAUCUCAACUCCUUUAUAAGUAUAUCUGAGUACUCUCCAAAUUCUCUACCAAGAAUUAAAAUUUGUUCUAUUUUUGGGCCCAAUCGAUAGGGAUGGCCCCCUAUCCCAAAAGUUGGUAUGGCACAACAUUUUAUUCCCCCGAACCAUAUUAUGCCGGGCCAAAUGUUUUUCACUUAUGUUUCCCAUCAUCAGCAGCAUCAGCAUUUUUAUUUUCUGCUUUUGGCACAGUUAAAAAGAACGCGCCGAAACCACGCUUGCCCGAGCUCGUUCGCUGCCAACGAAACGCUCCACAUUUCACACCGGAUCGAUGUGUUUACGUAUUUUUUCAUGCUUCGUUUUGGUUCCUUCUAAUGGAAACAGAAUUUGAAAACCCCGCUUCGCCCGCCCGAUGACAUUCGGGCGAAGUGUGAAGAAUUUUGCAUCCGUGGCCUAUUCCUAGGCAGACGACAGACGACGGGCAACAAGGGGACAAGUGUGAUCGGUGGGGUGGCGCUGGCCAAAAAUAAAUAUCAUCAAAGUGUGAAUUCCAUCCAGUUUUGCAACGAAUCUGUCUCUCUCGCUUUUUUUUUUGCUUCAAGAAUGAUGCAUUUGUGACUUGAAAACUCUCUGUUGAGAUCUCCACCAAAAUGAGGAGUAUGAGUGUUCGCUCGACCGUAUGCAAUCUUUGAUCGUCUCUUUUUCUGCCUUCAAAAUCGGUCUUCCUGGUGGCUUUCUUCAAAGUUUUUGCUGUAGAUGCGCCCUCCUGAGAUACAACCGACGGAACGGCGGAAAACUCGAAUGGAAAAUGAUCAUAUCGCGCUCGGGACCGAUAUUGACCGUUUUUGCACUCGGCCCGCACACAUGACCGAAUUUCGGUUGCGCACCAACCGACCGAAUUUACCACUCCACUAUGGUCUGUGUGUGUGUGUGUGUAUUAUGGGCCGACUAUUUUUAGUAUGAUCCUCCUUUUCUUUCCCCCACAAAAUAACGUAAGACGAUCAGAACUGCAUCUCGAGCGUGUGGGGGUGUGGAAGCGGCGGCGAGAUGCUCUGAGUGCUCCGAGUCUGAUUCAAAACAAAUCUGCCACGGACUCUGCCAACUGGUGUGGUGAAAAUGUUAUGCUUCCUGGGGGGGGGGGAGAUUCAGGUGUGGAUGGGAGAGGGUAGGGGGUGGGAGUGGGAGCUCUUUUUUCGGGGGGUUGGAAGGAUUUGGAAUGUUUGAACGUGGGCGAAUGUGAUUAAUGAUGAUGAUUCCAGCGACCGUAACCAACGCCGAUAUGUGUACGCCAUUCUCGCGCUUUCGUUAUCCCUGCACUAAUUGAAAGCUUAUUUUCAGUGGCGAGUACACCAAAGCUAUGUCGAAGGACUGGCACUCGGGUCAUUUCUGCUGCUGGCAGUGCGACGAAAGCCUAACCGGCCAACGGUACGUGCUGCGGGACGAGCACCCGUACUGCAUCAAGUGCUACGAGAACGUGUUCGCCAACGUGUGUGAGGAAUGCAACAAGACCAUCGGCAUCGACUCGAAGGAUCUCUCGUACAAGGAUAAGCACUGGCACGAGGCGUGCUUCCUGUGCAACAAAUGCCGCAUCUCGCUGGUGGACAAACAGUUUGGCUCGAAGGCGGACAAGAUCUACUGUGGCAACUGUUACGAUGCCCAGUUUGCGUCCCGUUGCGAUGGUUGCGGUGAAAUCUUCCGUGCAGGCACGAAGAAGAUGGAGUACAAAACCAGACAGUGGCACGAGAAGUGUUUCUGCUGCUGCGUGUGCAAAACCGCGAUCGGCACGAAAUCGUUUAUUCCUCGCGAGCAGGAAAUCUACUGUGCCGGCUGCUACGAGGAGAAGUACGCCACCCGAUGCAUCAAAUGCAAGAAGAUCAUCACUAGCGGCGGUGUAACGUACAAGAACGAACCGUGGCACCGUGAGUGUUUCACGUGUACGCACUGCCAGGUAUCGCUAGCCGGCCAGCGCUUUACCAGCCGCGACGAAAAGCCGUACUGUGCCGAAUGCUUCGGUGAGCUGUUCGCGAAGAGAUGCACCUCCUGUACCAAGCCCAUCACUGGCAUUGGUGGUACGCGCUUCAUCUCGUUCGAGGAUCGCCACUGGCACAACGAUUGCUUCAUCUGUGCCAUGUGCAAAACGUCGCUGGUUGGGCGCGGUUUCAUCACCGACGAGCAGGACGUCAUCUGUCCCGAGUGCGCCAAGCAGAAGCUGAUGUAAAGCGGCGCCGCCAUAUCCUCACCAUCAUCACCCCGUCAUCAUCACCAUCACCGUCAUCAGAUCAUCAUCAGCAUUCAUCCUCGAUAUCGUCGUGUGGAAUGGAUCAGCUGCUGCGAGCAGAGAGCAGAGAAGCCGACCAUCCAUGAAGGAAGUCCUGCCUGCCGGAGCAGCAGCAGCAGCACGACACGAUGAUGAUCAUCGAUCGUUUAAAUUAUUUAUCCUGCCCUGUUUUGCGUCCUUUCUUUCCUCUCUCGUUGAGAUCGAUGUUGCCUUUAUGGCACUUUAUAUGGCAAAGUAUAAGUAUUCGGAGAAAUUGUUGUUUUGUCGUUAAAGAAAAACAGGGAAAGGGGGAGUUUUAGCACUCCAUUUGUUGUUCCCUUUUUUCCCCUUAAUUUCCUCCUCUCCCCCCCAGCGAGAAGAAGAGGAAGAAAUUGGAAAUGUUUCGUGCGCGAGAGAGAGACGACAGACAGACAGAGCACACGCUUGGUGACAUAUUUAAGCAUAUUUAAAACAAAAAAAAAAGCUUUGCAGAGCGCGUAGUAAGAUAAUGGUGCGGAGUGCGUGUGUGUGUGUGUGUGUGUGUGUAGUUAGAAAGAAAAAGGUAAAGAGAAAAUGGGAGGGAAUAUUUGAGCGGACGAAAUGAGUGUGAGCGUGAGUUGCAUGAUGUGGGAAAGAAAGGAAAGAAAAGCACGAGCAAUGAUGAGGAUGCGGAGUAGUAGCAGUAGUAGCAGAACGGCCUAUAUUCACUGAAGAUGCCUUUUUAACUAUCAAAUAAUAUUACACACAGUACACCGACGUACACACGUAACAGUGCUGCGGCCAACCGUCAGGUUAGGUUAGGCGAGAGAGAGAGAAAUCAAGCAGCCGAAAUUACUAUAUUAAUGUUCGCGAUUUUACGGGAGAACGGACCGUCGGAACUGGCAAAUGCGUUUAGUCAUGUUUUAUGGUACUUCUAGAUGGCCACACAAUGUUACCGCUUGUACGUUUUUUUUCUUUGUUUGCCCCCGAAACGACGUGUAACACAUCCUGUUCUUACCCUAUCCGAACCUAUCCGUGUUAUGCGCUUCCUAAGCGCUUCUUAAAAAGAAUCGUGGAAGAAGAAAAACUAUAUCAACGAAGUAGCGGAAGCAUCAAUUGCUGUGUAAAUUUGAUAUGCCAGUAUACAGAAAAGGGCGAAGGAAAGGAGUCGAAAUUAUAUCCCGAAGGUUAGCCUUCCGCAGAUUGGUGGGAGAAUAGCGCGCGCGCCUUUAGCGUCUGUUUUGUUUUUUUUUAAUUAUUUAUUCGUUAACAACAUGAAGGAUUUUAGCUGGCACGAGGGGCCGGCAAUCAUCAUAACAUCAUAUGCAAUAUACUAUACCCAUAUAACGGUGCGAAGAAUUAGAAUGGAGCAGAGACGAGCGAAAAACACACCUAAAGUUAAAGCUAAUAAAAUAAAUCUUUAAAUAAAAAAAACCUUAAACGAAACAGAACAAGAAACAGCCGCAAAAAAAAAACGAAUAAAACAAUGGAAAACCCUAUCUCCCUAUCGCCCCUUUUCAAUUUUCUCUCUCUCUCUCUCUCUCUCUCUCUCUCUCUCUCGCUUUCUCUUUCGAUUUUAGCUACUGAAACGUGUGUUUAUAUGCUUCUGAAGAAUUAACAAACGAUGUGAUGCGGGUGAUUUUAUUUUAAAAUUAAAUUUAGAGCAAACCCCUUUCUCUCUCUUACUCUCUCUCUCUCUGUACCAAGUUAACCAUUAAAGUAAACGAUGGAACCAUGUUAGAAUGCUCUAAGUAAUGUGUAAUAAGUGGCUUUAUAAGGCUUAUCAAGAAAACUAGCAGCUUAUGCAGCAUGAUAUCUGGCUUUCCUUAUUUAUUUAUCCCUUUUCGAUUGCUAACCUAAUUCCCUUUUUUGUUGUUGCUAUUUUUGUUCCAUUUUCGAACACUCCAACCCGGUGGCAAAAUGCUUAGCAUAUAGCGAUGGUGUGUACGUUUAUAGCAUUAAAAAGCAGUUACAGCACAACACACACAAAACACAACCUGUGGCCUUUCUGUAUAUUGAAACGAGUAUCAAGUAUAGUCCUAAUAUAAAAACAAAUAACUACUGCAGCAUUGUACAUUGGGGGAAAAACAAAACAAAAACAAAAAAACAAACCAUAACUUACUCUGGCUAACAAAGGCAUGAUCCUGUGUUAUUGCUUUCUAGCGUUAUGCGUAUUGUGUACUGUAAUAAAGAGGAAAAUGAUGAUAUCAAAUUCAA